AUGUCUGUAGCUCGGCUUCUCGCUGAAAGUGAUGAUCGGGAGUCUAAGAAGGCCAAGAGGAUGGCCUCACCUAUGUUGGGCUUCUCGGAUGAAGAUAAGGUUGGAACCAUCCAACCCCACGAUGAUGCUCUGAUCGUCAUGCUCAGGAUUGGGGGAUAUGAUGUGAAGAGAGUGUUAGUCAAUCAGGGCAGCGCUGUGGAAGUAAUGUACCUCGACCUAUACAAGGGGCUGAAUUUGAAACCCGAAGAUUUAACGGCAUACGAUUCCCUUCUGGUACGCUUUGAAGGGAAGACUGUUACUCUAAGGGGCCAGAUCAGACUGCUCAUACAAAUAGGCUCAGACGUAGUGGAGGUGGACUUCAUUGUGAUGGACGCCUAUUCACCCUACACAGCUAUUGUAGCUAGGCCUUGGCUUCAUGCCCUAGGGGCUAUUUUUUCUACCCUGCACCAAAAGGUGAAGUACCCGUCGGAGGGUCAAGUCGGGUCAAAGAAGUUAUAG